CGUGAUGUAGGGGAUCUGUGAUUGGGCACGGCUGGUGUCAGUCCCUAUUGCCCGGGUGACUGUGGCUGGGUCCGCGAUCCCGGGUGUAAAUAGGGGGGAUUGAUUGAUAGCAUCUCCCCCCCCCCCUCCGCGGGGGCCCGGGGCCGCGUGGCCCUGCCCUACCGCACCGUGGAGGGUACCGCAAAGGCUGGUGAGGACUAUGAGGAGGCCAAGGGCAAGGUGGAGUUCCUCAACGAUGAGAUCAUGAAAUUCAUCGAGAUUAAAAUAAUCGACGACGAGGAAUAUGAGAAAAACAAGAAUUUCCACCUGGAGCUGGGGCCCCCUGAAUUGCUGGAGAUGGGGCUGUGGCAUGAUGACUCUAAUGAGAACCUCCCCACUGAAGGGAAGGAGGGGGCUGCCAUCGCCAAGAUGGGGUGUCCUAGCCUUGGGGAACACCCCAAACUUGAGGUGGUGAUUGAGGAGUCAUAUGAGUUCAAGAGUACUGUGGACAAACUGAUCAAGAAAACCAACUUGGCACUGGUUGUGGGGAGCAGCAGCUGGAGGGAGCAAUUCGUCAGUGCCGUGACGGUCAGCGCUGGGGAUGAGGAUGAGGAUGAGACAGGCGAGGAGCGGCUCCCAUCCUGCUUCGACUACAUCAUGCACUUCCUGACGGUGUUCUGGAAGGUUCUCUUUGCCUUCGUGCCCCCCACUGAGUACUGGGGGGGCUGGGCCUGCUUCCUUGUCUCCAUCGCACUCAUUGGGGUGCUCACUGCGCUCACUGGUGACCUGGCCUCGCACUUCGGCUGCACCAUCGGCCUCAAGGACUCGGUUACUGCCGUGGUCUUCGUGGCCCUUGGCACCUCCGUGCCUGACACCUUUGCCAGUCGGGCUGCGGCAAUCCAGGACCAAUAUGCGGAUGCCUCCAUCGGCAACGUGACGGGCAGUAAUGCAGUCAACGUCUUCCUGGGCAUAGGGGUGGCCUGGACCAUUGCGGCCGGGUACUGGGCCAGCCAGGGCCAGCGCUUGGUGUCACCGGGCACGCUGGCCUUCUCCGUCACGCUUUUCACUAUCUUUGCUCUGCUGAGCAUCGCUGUGCUGCUGUACCGGCGCCGAGCACCCGUGGGGGGCGAGCUGGGGGGUCCCUGCACCCCUAAAAUCCUCACUGCCCUGCUCUUCUUCUGUUUCUGGCUCCUCUACAUCCUGCUGGCUGCUCUGGAGGCUUACUGCUACAUCCAGGGCUUUUGAGGGGUGUGGGGGUGAGGGAGACCCCCAUUCUCUGGCUGUGGGAACCCCCCCCAGCCUCAGUUCUGGGUGGGGAGAACUGUCCUGCCCCAGUCCUUGAGCGGUGAGGCCUCUGUCUGGGGGUGGGAAGUACUCACCAGCUCUGGAGAAAGCCCCUCACAACCCUUGGGAGGCUAUGUCCCAGCACAGUGCUUAGGGGUGAGGGGCACAACAGCUGCUGCAGGAGCAAAGGACAUUCCAACCUCCCCCAUCGCCUGCCCCCCUCAAACUGGGGAAGCCUCCCACACUGCAGAGUCCCCUUUCCCCACCCUGGACACCUCUCCAGCUCUGGGGAAAUCCCCAGCCCCCACUCAGUUCAAAAGGGGACAAAGGACAUUCCAAGUGUAGACUGUCCCCUCCAGUGCAUUUUAGAUUUAGCUGGGGGCAAAGGUCAUUCCAUCCACCCCCAAGAGCCCAUUCUGCCCCCAGUCCCUGCCACCUGCUGUCUCCCCACUUAUGCCAUGGGGUAGCAAGGACACAGGAGGGGGUAACCAUGCCUGUAGGUGGCAGGAUAGUUGGGGGGGAUGUUGGUGGGGGCUGGCACAUGGCAGCAGCCCCACCUGCAGGGGUGCAAAGGUCAGCACACAAAUUGGAGAGGGGUGGGGGGAGGGUCAGUCUAUCUCUUGUCCACUUUGUUUUUAAACCUCCCUGCUCCCAAGCACAGGGACCCUUAUGUCCCCCCAAAAACACCAUUAUUAAUGGACUCUCACUGAGACAAGGGACCACCCCCUGGGAUCUCAGUGUGGGAAAAGGCUCCAAAUUCAAUAUUAGGGUCACCCCUAUUGCCCUCCAAAACAGCAUAAAGUCUUGCUAAUGAAAACAGCAACAAAUUGGGGUCCAUUCCCCCCAUCCAAAGCCCAGAUUUCUAUUCUGUUGAUUUUAUUUUAUUUAAAAAGAUAGAAAAGAAUAUUUUAUUUGUAUUUAAGAACAACAGAGCCCCACUCUCCAGAUUCCUCCCCGGAGAACUGGGCUGUGGAGAUAACUGCUGCAGCCAUACCCCCCUUCCGGUGCAUGGUCUCCCGUCCUGGCGUCUGCCUGUUGUUAGCGUUUGUGAGUCAAUAUAUGUGUUUGCACUGGUCCAUCUGUCCGUCCGUGUCUGCCUGUUGCUGGUUGGUUAGACCCCCCAAUGUUUCCUGCCCCUAGGAGUUCUCCAUUCCCUAUCACACCCCCAUUGCCUGCAUCUUUCAUUUGUUGGGGGAGGGGGGGAAGAGAAACAUAAAA